CUCCCCUUGAAUUCUCAUUGAAUUGUCAAUUAACUUUGGGAUUGAAUUUAAUUCCUACCACUGGGUAGGAUUUGGAAUUGCUUUUAAGUUUUAAGAACUGGUACAGAAGAGAAAUGGCGUUCAGUGGGACAACACAAAAAUGCAAGGCCUGUGAUAAGACUGUUCAUUUCAUUGAAAUGUUGUCAGCAGAUGGAGUUCCUUAUCACAAGACCUGCUUCAAAUGCAGUCACUGCAAUGGAAAGCUUGUGAUCAGCAGUUACUCCUCCAUGGAUGGAGCCUUGUACUGCAAACCUCACUUUGAGCAACUCUUUAAGGAGAAGGGAAAUAUUCCUAAGCCAGUCCAAUCAUCUGCAAAGCCAAAUGAUCAGCUGACUAGGAAACCUAGCAAACUCUCUGCCUUUUUCUCUGGAACCCAAGAAAAAUGUGCAGUCUGUUCCAAGACUGUCUACCCAUUAGAGAAGGUGACUGUGGAGGGAGAGUUUUACCACAAAUCAUGCUUCAGAUGCGCGAAAGGGGCAUGCUUUCUCACACCCUCUUCCUAUGCUGCUCUUGAUGGCAUUCUGUACUGUAAGCACCAUUUUUCGCAGUUGUUUAAGGAGAAGGGCUCCUACAACCAUGUCACCAGGAUUGGUUCAAUUAAGAAAAACACGGUGGUACUACCGGAAGCAGCAGCAAAAUCCACACCGGAACAAGAAGCACAACCAGAUAAUUCAGACCAGGCAGGAGAGCAAUCAUAAAAUGUACACAUAUAUAUCGGGAAUGUUUGGUACAUUAUUCCUUGUUGCAUAUCAAAUUCGGGGGUGCCUCAUUGUAUUAGGCACCUGCGUUGUGAUCAGGAACUUCUUGUUUCCUAAGGCUUCAAGUUUGUUUUGAUUUGCAAGCAUGUUCAAUGUGCUCUUUAUUUUUUAAUGAAA